AUGAAAACAGACACAACGCUUUUGGCAGCACAAGGCAUCAAGAUGAAUCGGUUUUCUUUCGGUUCCAGUAAUGGCAACGGUACCCCCUUGCAGACAUCGACUGCUCUUUCAAACGGGGAUGAAUACGACAGCGAUGGUUCCACCUUUGCCCCUAUGUGAGUUUUUUCUCCUUCCUACCAAGAUAAUCAGUAGAAUGUGUACGGUUCAAAAUUGGCGUCAUGCUUUGAUUCAACAUUUGAACAAUAUCCUGAACCUACACAUCUAUCCUAUAAGGCAUACUCUUGAUGCUAGUUUGAACCUGGCGACCUUUAUGCUCAUGCUAGUGAACUAAUCACAGUGUAAAGAACAAUAUUUUAUUAUGAAUUUCUAUAUAACAUAAUGCAUCCUUAAUUUUUGCACUUAUUAUUUGUUCUGGCCUUUCUCCAGGACUCCAAUGUCCCUGUCAAUGUCUAUUCCACCAGAUCUGGCUGGUGCUAUACCAUUGAUUGAUCGAUUCCAGGUACAAAACUGAAUUUUGAUAGUUGAAUUUUCCAUUCCACCGUAUCAAUAUGGUCCUAUGUAAGGGGCAGAGGCUUGAUCCAUUUUGGAUUCUGAAGUCAUCCUUGUGUGGGCAUAAUUUUUUCAUGCUAAUAAUGCCUUGUUCAUCAUAUCAUUCUCAAAAGCAGAUUCAUUUUUUCUGUUGUCAAUUAGACAGAAAAAAACUGUAGCCUAAUCAUUUACAGAAGUAAUUAUUUUUGUCUAUCAACAUCUGACAACGUAUUGUGCUCCGAUAUCAUAUUUUUUUCUAAAAUUUGAAGGAGUUGGUUCAUAGAACUCAACAUAAUAAUGUUUCUUUGAAUGGGGUGCGUGGAAGUCAUCCUUUCCCAUUUCUGUUGUACGCUAGAACAUGGUAUUGCUUUCUCUGUACUCGGUUGUCAUCUAGAACGUUGUCAAUGUUUGAAAGGUGAUGAAAGGGUUCAUAGUGCGAUAUAAAUAUUUCCAUCUCGAGGACAUUUUGUUUCUAGUUCGGUCGUUCCAACUGAAAACAUGCGAAUUCAGUUUGCACAACCACCAAAAUUAUCUCAUUAUUCUCAUACAUAUCGCUUAGGAGAUAUAUUUUCUUAGUUUCCGAAAGUCGAAACUAUUCUGUAGUCAUUUAUUUGAGUCCUUUCUUUUAUCCUCUUCAAAAUCUGAGCCAGUUUCUUUCAGUGCAUUCAUUUUAUUGGCUUGAUAACAUAAUUUUGUGUAUUACCUUUGCAUCAAAAUAACGUGUCACUGAAGCAGUUAUGGGGCUUCUAGUUUUGUGGUUGAAUAUUAAAUGAUUUUAAAUUUUGGAUAUGCCCGUAUUUGUGCAUGUGGUUCGAUUGUUAGGUGGCAUAUGGUGCGACAAUGGGUCGUCUUUUCGUGCUUCACGGCUGUUGACAAUGAAUUAUUAAAGUUGUGGAAAUGAAUUUUUAUUUUCUGGGAGGUUCUUCAUCUUGAUGUUUCCCUCUUCAUAGGUUGAAGGUUUUCUGAGGUCGAUGCAAAAGCAAAUCCAGUCAGCUGGGAAACGGGGAUUUUUUUCAAAGAGAUCUUCAGGCCUGCAAGUUAAGGAGAAGUUUACUUUGGAGGAUAUGUUGUGUUUCCAGAAGGUAGUUCCUCUGUCAGAUAGUCUUUACAUGGUUUUCAUCCUAACAUCUUUACUUAAAAAUUAGCGUGAAGAAAAGGCACCUUAGCGUGAAGAAAGGUCUCUUCAAGAUUUUCGUCUUCCUGAAGAGCCAAUGUUAUCUCUAUACAUUGCUUUUCCCGAAAGACAACAUUGAUCUGAAACUCAUGUUUAUAUUUUUCAUACAGGAUCCUAUUCCAACAUCUUUACUUAAAAUUACCAGUGAUCUUGUUAGCCGUGCAAUUAAGCUAUUUCAAAUUAUUUUGAAGUACAUGGGGAUUGAUCCUUCUGACAAAAUAACUCUGUUGAGCAUAGAAGAUCGCGUUGAUCUUGUUGGAAAAAUUUAUAAGCAUACUUUGAAACGUUCAGAACUUCGAGAUGAGCUAUUUGUGCAGGUUUCAAAGCAAACAAGGAAUAACCCUGACAGGUAGCUCUCCAUUACCGUUUUUUAUUUUUUAUUUUGGUAUAUUUACACUUUGGCAUACUCUUUCGUGACAUUCCUCUGUUUUGUUCUUACUACAGAAUCUGCUUGGUGAAGGCGUGGGAACUUAUGUACCUCUGUGCAUCUUCAAUGCCUCCCAACAAGGACAUUGGGGUGUAUCUGUCAGAAUAUGUUCAUAACGUAGCUAAUGGGGUGAACACUGAUCCUGAUAUUCGUGUUCUUGCACUGAACACAUUAAAUGCAUUAAAACGUUCAAUCAAGGCUGGUCCCAGGCAUAUAGUUCCUGGGCGUGAGGAGAUUGAAGCUCUUCUGACAGGAAGAAAGCUUACAACCAUUGUUUUUUUCUUGGACGAGACCUUUGAGGAAAUAAAAUAUGAUAUGACAACUACAGUCGCGGAUGCUUUAGAGGUAUCCAUCUUUUCUCUUUUACCUGUAUAAGCACUAUAAUCGUGCUUGUUUUAAAGUUCAAUACAUUUAUCAGUAAUAGUUUCUGAAGUUAUUUAUACUUUUUAAUGGAAUCAUGCACUACCAUUUCCUUUCUUAAAGAUAGAUGAUCUAUGUAUCGCCUCUCAGGAUGCAUAGUAUUGUUAAUGCUGUUGAAUGCUCAUUUUAUUCCCACAAGCUUUCUGUAAGAAAUUUGAUCAUUCUUGGAUUUCAUACAGAUACAAAUAACAUUCGUUGCAGUAAGCAGAAUUUUUUGCAAGAAAAUCAUGUGUUGUCUUUAAAUAAAAAAUAUAACUCCGCUUUUCAUAUACUGAAAAUUCGAGGUGAUACUCCGAACGUUUCACGAUCAUUACUGUAACAAGCCUUUUGAGGACGUUAACCAGGAAAUCUCCCAAAAACUGUUAAACUGGCUUGGCUUGUGGCAGGGGGUGCUUGUUUGAUGUCAACUUGAUUUUAGUGUCCCUCAUAUCUCGAUCUCUUUGUGGUGUAUAAGUUGAUUCUGCUUGUUUCCUGCUCCAAAACCCAUGAUCAUGUCUAUUUUUAUUUCCUAACAUUAUUUUAUUUUAUUAACUGAAAAUAUAGUGCCUUUAUUUGCUUUCAUGUUCUUUACAGAAAGUCAUGAUUUCUUUGUAUACUGUUCGUUCCUCAGGAACUUGCUGGGAUCAUCAAACUUUCAGUUUACUCGAGUUUCAGUUUGUUUGAAUGUCGGAAGGUUGUCAGUGGGUCAAAGUCUACAGAUAUUGGCAAUGGUCGAUUUUGAACUUUUCUUGAACUUUGUGUCUGCCCCUUUUCUGCUUAUCAAUUUAUUCAUUUUACUUGAAUGCAGCAUUAACCUCUUUUCUUUCCUUAUCAGAGGAAUACAUUGGUCUGGAUGAAAAUAAAUAUAUAGGGGAUUUGUUAUCAGAGUUCAAGGCAUCAAAAGAUCGCAGCAAAGGAGAGAUUUUGCACUGCAAACUAUCAUUUAAAAAGAGGUUGUUUAGGGAGUCUGAUGAAGCCAUAACAGAUCCAAUGUUUAUUCAGUUAUCUUAUGUGCAGGUAGACCCUCCUAUUUCUCAACUUCUAUCAAUUGCCUUGUUGACUAACCUGAUCACCCUAUGCUCAGUUUGUCACCAGGUGUAAAAAAAUGAUUCUUUUAACUUAUCUGUAAUUUUUAAAAUGGCUCUAAUCUCCAUCCCCUAUGUUUGACUUGCAGUUACAGCAUGAUUACAUUUUGGGAAAUUAUCCUGUUGGAAGAGACGAUGCUGCGCAGCUCUCUGCUUUGCAAAUCUUAGUUGAUAUUGGAUACAUUGGGAAUCCCGACGCAUGCAUGUCAGUGUCUUAAGUAUUACCAUGAUUAAAUUUCUCUAUUCAGUGUUAUUAUUUUCCUUUCUUUUGUAUUUUUAUUUUUUUAACGUACGUAAUCUUAGUCUUGAAUUAUUUGCAGUGAAUGGACAUCACUUCUUGAAAGAUUCUUACCCAAGCAGAUAGCAAUGACACGUGCAAGAUGUGAAUGGGAGAUUGAUGUCAUUUCUCGGUAUCGUCUGAUGGUAAGAUCCGAGUCAUGCUGCUCAAGCGGAUGGAUAUAUAAGAUGUUCAUAAAAGUUAAUAUUUUCGAGUUUCAUUAUGGUGCUGGUAUCUUUUGACUUUUAGAUUGAUUGAUCGAAUAGUUUUUGGAAGUCUACCUUAAUUAAUUUUUUUCAUCCUAUGCCAUAAUAGUAUCCUUCCAUCAACGCUUCAUAACCUUUGAAAGGUCAUUUAUAUGAGAUUAUUCCUUAGAUAUUAAAUGUAUCUUUAAACCUUCGUUUCAUGUCACUGGAACUCUUAGAUAUCUUUUUCUUUUUGUUUGUGAGUUCAGAGGACAGGGUGAUGCUCUGGAUACCUUAACAGAGAGCAUCGACUUGUACGCUCAUUUUGAUGGGAUUAACUUUGUUCGGUUUAAAUCAUAUUUCAAAAGCUUUGUUAUCAUUUUGCAGGAACAUCUUUCAAAGGAUGAUGCUAGGCAGCAAUUCCUCCGUAUCUUGAGAACUCUUCCUUAUGGAAACUCAGUUUUCUUCAGUGUUCGAAAGAUAGAUGACCCUAUUGGGCUUUUGCCUGGUCGUAUUAUUUUAGGAAUCAACAAGCGAGGGGUGUGUUUUACUGUUCUCGAACAUAUUCUCCUUUUGCAAUGAAUAUUGAAAAUAUGUUCUAAUUAGUCAACUGAUUAUCUCAUCUUCCAGGUUCAUUUCUUCCGGCCCGUUCCUAAAGAAUAUCUGCAUUCUGCGGAGUUACGAGAUAUCAUGCAGUUUGGUAGCAGUAACACUGCUGUUUUUUUUAAGAUGAGGGUUGCUGGAGUCCUUCACAUAUUUCAAUUUGAAACCAAGCAGGUCUUGUGUGCUUGUUUCUACAGAAGAAUUUAUUUCUUGUUAUAUUAUGUGAAAUUUCAUGAGGUUCAAGGUUAUUAACUUUUUUCCUGACGUUUUGCAGGGGGAGGAAAUUUGUGUCGCUCUUCAGACACAUAUAAACGAUGUAAUGCUUCGCAGAUACUCAAAAGCACGCUCUACAGUUAAUGGAUUGGUUCAGGGCGACUUCAUGCAAUCUGUGAAACCUCCCAGCGUUGAUGUCUAUGAAAAACGUUUGCACGAAUUAUCUAAGACAGUUGAGGAAUCUCAGAAGAAUGCAGAUCGAGUAAGUGAAUAAAUUAUCUUAACAUAUUUUUGGAUCUCAGAAGAAUGCAGAUUGAACUGGUUAAUCGUCUCUAUUAAAUAUCAUUUAGGAGUGUGCUAGCGCCCUAAGACUUCUUUACUAUAUUAUGACUUUUCUAGCUUCGUCGAUUUUUUGUGUUGGAAGCUGUGUCUCAUUAAUCUCCAGAGGAGUCGAUCUUCUCUCAUUGUUCAAUUCAUAGUGGGAUUAUUUGCAAGUGGCAGCGCCACGCCGGCGUGUAUAAUUAUUUGGGUUUUUCUUGGUAUAUAGAUACUCCUAUGGUCCCUUCAAAAUGUUUUCUAAGUAUCCACUCAACCAUCAAUUCACCUAUGGUUCCUAAGUAUGUUAACUGUAUGGUGCCACUCUAUCGGAACAGUAAGUACUUGCUGAAUCAUGCCACACCACGAACCUUAUUCUGAAAGACUUCCCUCAUUUAAGGUAAUUUUGAAAGUUAGAUCUUGUGCAUGUGCAUUGUGGUUCCGCGGACUUGUCCCCUUCCCCACCCUCCAAUUAUACACAUAACAGGAAUCCCGUGGUAUACCUCUUUCAGGGAGUUACUCAUCAGUUACUCCAUGUUACUGGAACAAUUAUAUCUCAGAUCCUCUCCAAUGUUUGAGAUGCCAUUAGUGAUUGAACAGGCUCCUGAUUAGUGGUAAUUUUUGUGCCUUUAGUUGGGAUUCUUCCUUGUCAUGUACCAGUGGACAUCCGAUUCCCUUGUUUUCUUUAUGUUCAAAGUUGUAGAAUUUCGAUUUCUCAGAACUGGAAGCAUUGUUGUCGUUUUUCUCAUUUCUCAGGUUUUUUUUUUCGUCUUCUCCUUCAGAAUUUCGAUUGGCAUUUGUUCUCUUAUAUUUUUGGACCUCUCUUCUUACCAUCUGUUGUGUUAUAUAGUUACUAGAAGAAUUGCGUGCCAAGCAGAAGAAGGAAAUAGAAUUACAAGAGGAACUGGAAGGGCUGAAAGAUUUGUUACAGCUGGAGAAGAAAAAUUCAAGAGAAGCGCUUGGUGACCGUAAUCAACUGCAAAAAUUGUAUGAUGAAAAACAUGCUUCUUUACAGGUAAACGUUUUCAAAAACGUUUGUCUAUGAGACUUGAUUAAUCAACUCGCUUAUCAGUCAGCUAAUUUCUCCCUUAUGACGCUGUCAUUUGAUCAGGCAGCAAUGAUGGAUAAAGCUAAAAUGGAAGCUAAGUUAACAUUGAUAAACGAUAAGGUAAAGUAUAGUUCUAUGGGCAAUCAUAGAAGAGAUUUUCCUGCUGGAUCGGGUGACCAAGGUAGAGAAUCUGCUUCAGGACAAGGCACUCUCCAGGUGCAUUCUCACUCACCAUCGUUUAACUGUUAUAAUAAAUUUAUUUUUGUUUAUCCGAUAAUGUAGCAUUACUUGCUCAGAUCAUGCCAAGUCUAAUAAAGUUAACAUUACUUGGUAUGUCCGUACUCAGGCUUUGGAGAACAUUCAGAAUGAGUUGAAGUCAUGUGCAGAAGAAUUGCAUGCGUCAAAAGAGAUUUCUAAAGCAUUAGCUAAUGAAAAGUUAUUUUUGGAGCAGAAGAUUUCAAGGCUGGAGAAGAAGAAAAAGGAAGAGGUCUCUUCACUUUCUUGCGAUCAAUCAUUUUUUCAGAUUGUAUUUUUUUGGUAAUUGCAAUUAUGCUGAUAAUUCAUCUGCUUGUAUUACAUCGCAGAUGGAAGCUCUGGAGAGAAGUUUUGAACAAGAGCGUGCAAAGCUGAAAACACAGAUUUGUGAACUUGAAGAGAAACUUAAAAAUGUCAUGUGCGACUUAACUGUUCUGGAAUCCACCCUUACCUUGAGGAACGAACAAUUUGAUGCUUUGCAAAACAACUUAAAAGAGUUGGAGGAACUACGAGAACUGAAAGAGGUGUCGUAUACAGAAAUUAAUCUUUUGCCAGUUGCGCCAUUAUUUUUGUCUUUUGUUAAAAAGAAUUGCAGGUUGACAAAUCCCAGAGAUUAUUUAUGUGACAACAGGAUAUUGAUCGGAAAAAUGAACAAACAGCAGCAAUAUUGAAAAGGCAAGGAGAACAAAUAGUUGAGCUUGAAGCCCUUUAUAAGGAAGAGCAAAUUCUAAGGAAACGAUAUUUCAAUACCAUAGAAGGUUAUUCUAUGAGUUCUUGACAGACUAAAUAAUAUGUUUGAUUCCCCCCCCCCCCCUCUUCCUCUAUUUUGAUGAGUUGAAUUGUGUUUUAUCACUUUUCCAGAUAUGAAAGGAAAGAUCAGGGUUUUCUGUCGCUUACGUCCACUUACUGAAAAAGAGAUUGUGGAAAAUGAGAACGAGGCUGUCAGAUGUCUUGACGAGUUCACAGUAGAGCACACAUGGAAAGAUGACAAACCCAAACAACAUCUCUACGAUCGUGUCUUUGACGGUGCUGCAACACAAGAUGAAGUCUUUGAAGAUACAAAGGUGAUCUUCUUGAGUUUUUUCAUGAAACUUUUAGAAUGCUUGUAUUCAGGUGAAGCAAGUGUGAUACCUUAUGUUUGACUUUUUCCGAUUGUAAUGCAGUAUCUAGUGCAGUCUGCAGUCGAUGGAUAUAAUGUCUGUAUUUUUGCUUAUGGGCAAACGGGUUCCGGUAAAACAUUUACGAUUUAUGGUUCGGAGAAUAAUCCAGGACUUACGCCAAGGGCAACUGCUGAACUUUUUAAAAUAGUGAAGCGUGAUAGCAAGAAGUUAUCUUUUUCCCUGAAGGUAACAUGUUUCGUUCUGUUUUCUCUUGCUGAAAAUAUCAUCCAAGUUUGCAUUGUCUUAUUACACUGCUGAUUGUCUUAUGGGUAACUCGUAGAUGCACGUUACUUCAUUAGUUGACAAUGGAAAGCUGGGAAAAAUAUCAUUUUAUGGUACUUAUAUUUUGUAUUUAUGUAUCUGAGUGUACCACGGUAAAGCUGGCCUUUUGUCGUAGAGCCUGAGGUGAAUGGUGAGCUUGCUUGCUUUCUGGGCAGGCUAGUAGGAUGAUUUCUAUGCACAAUACCGUUUGUUUUCCUCGGUGAAAUGCUGUGCCGUAGUUUUCUACACUGGAAAAAAUGGCGAGUUCGGUAGGUGAAAUUCGAUUGGCCUUGCCUUUGCUUUGCUGUAGCUACUUUGUCAGCUAGUACAGCAGUCACGAACAACAGCAGACUCUAAGGAGCAUACAAAACAUAAACGUUCAAGCGUUUUGUUCCACUGUUCAACUGCCACACCAUAUCCAUAACCUGUUAAAAGUGGCGAUUUCAUGAUUGAGUUCCCUAGUUACUUUAUGCAAGUUCAUUGCAGUUCAUCAUUGGAGUUACAUUUUUCUCUCUCUCAAAAUGUAAAUAUUGUUGAAUAAAAUUUAAAAUCAUGCUUAUCCUUGAUCCAGCCAUUUAUUUAGAACUGUGUUUAACCGAUACACAGUUUUGACGCUCGCCUCUAACCCUGUCUAUUGAUGUACUGCAGGUAUAUAUGGUUGAACUUUAUCAAGAUACACUUGUUGAUCUUCUAUUACCUAGGAAUGCGAAGCGACUAAAAUUAGAGAUAAAAAAAGAUUCAAAGGUAAUACAUGUCGAAGAUGUCGAUCAGUAAUUGAAUCACUGGAUAUUUGUUUUCUAUUAGAAAAUUGCAAUAAUUAAUGUCGACAGCAAAAUCGUGGCAUAAACGUUUAUUAUUUUCUUUUUAUUCAUACCUUUGUACGCGUAGAAAGGACGAAACCAUUCUGCUCUACUGUUGGGUUCUAUUUAAUGAAUUUAUUUGUGUUGAACUCAUUCACAAUAUAGAUGUGUUGUUAUCUGGUUGCAUUAUCGAAUGUUAUUUGAGGAACAAGUCAAUUCAGGCUCUUCAGAUACUAGACAACGAAGGUCAACUAUGCAAGAGGCUCAAGCAUCUAUAAUAUGUUUUUUUUUUUUGUUAAUCAGAUUAAGUUCAAAUUUAUAAUUUAUCUCAACUAAAUGGAUAAUUGAUGCAUUAUUUUCUGCAUCAGGGAAUGGUUUCCGUAGAAAAUGUGACAGUCAUCGCGAUUUCAAAAUACGAGGAACUGAAGGCUAUCAUCUUGAGAGGGUCGGAGCAACGACAUACCGCUGGGACUCAAAUGAAUGAUGAGAGUUCAAGAUCACAUUUAAUACUAUCGAUUAUCAUUGAGAGCACGAACCUUCAAACCCAGUCGCUUGCAAGAGGAAAGGUGAGAGCUCAAUCUCAUCCAGAGGGGAGUGAUUCAUGCAUUCUUAUGGAGAUGCCCGUUCUUAUUCUUGACGACCUUGUGCUCGAUAUUUCUCAAGCAGAAAUGUUGGCGCUGAUAAUCCUAACACGUCAGAUCAUUGAAAUGAUGAUUUAUUCAUCGCCAUCAUCUUUGAUCAUCUGAGCCUCCCUGUCCAUUUUAGCUUGAUUUUUCUGGUGUAUUUCAGAUUUAUUGAUAUAAUUUGUUUUAAAAAACUAUAAAUUUAUUGAUUAUAGCAUUAUAUUGCUUCAGACGUUAGUUCUUAAUUUGUAGGAUCAUAUCUCCCUCUUAAAGUGGGGUUUAUUUAUUCACUGGACAUUGUGACUCAUGCAAAUUAUUUUUUUUAAUUUUUUUUAAUUUACUGAUUAUGGGAUUAUUUGGCUACAAAUCAAACCACGUUUGUUUCAUAAUAUCUAAAAUAUUUAGCACUCUAAACUUCAUUUUUUUUAUUCUAAAAAUAUUUGGCAGCUAAGUUUUGUGGACCUCGCUGGUUCUGAGAGGGUGAAGAAAUCAGGUUCAUCUGGGCAUCAACUGAAGGAGGCCCAGAGCAUCAACAAGUCGCUUUCAGCUCUUGGGGAUGUUAUUGGUGCUCUUUCCUCCGAUGGACAACACAUACCUUACAGGAACCAUAAGCUAACCAUGCUCAUGAGUGAUUCUCUCGGUGGCAACGCCAAGACCCUCAUGUUUGUCAACGUCUCCCCCGCUGAAUACAACUUGGAGGAGACUCAUAAUUCUCUUUUGUAAGCUCCCUCUCUCUCUCUCUCUCUCUCUCUCUCUCUCUCUCUCUCUCUCUCUCUGAAUAAUCGGCCCCCUCUUCGGUGCAUGAUCUCACCUUCUUGUCUCGCCCAUGGCUUCCAGGUACGCCUCGAGGGUGCGCUCCAUCGUAAACGACCCCAGCAAGAACGUGUCCUCGAAAGAGGUUUCUCGGCUCAAGAGACUGGUCGCUUACUGGAAGGAGCAGGCGGGGAAGAGGGCCGACGACGACGAACUGGAAGAGAUCUCGGAGGACCGGCCUCCGAGUGACAGAGGGGAGACGAGGUUUUCUUCGUAG